AUCGCAAUGCUCUGCCGAACCUGCCUGUGGGCCGCUCGCCUCCCAAGCGCACCCACACGGCGCUUUCUCUCGACCUCCGCACCGCGCCUCGCCUCAGCGCCCGCCCCAUCACCAUCCCCAUCAACACCAGCACCAUCCACACAGCCAUUCAGCGCCACCGCCGCCCUCUCAAAAGCCGCCAAGACCGCAGAAAAAGCGGACAAGAAAUCGCCGCUGGUGCGCAGCUCCGUGGCCGCGGGCACGCCAUUGCGGGGUCUGAACUUCGAGAAGAACAAGACGGAUCCCGUUGCCAGGGCUGAUGAUGAGUAUCCCGACUGGCUGUGGACGCUGUUGUCGCGCCAGGAGGGCGCGGGGGGGGAUGUGGGUGCGGUGGGGGAUUUGUUUUCGAAAUCCAAGAAACAGCGCCGUCUGGCCGCCAAGCGGCUGCGCAAGGAACAAGCGCUGAACCCGGAGCUGCUCGCGCCCAAGAUCCCGCUGUACGAGCAGACCAUUGAUCUCCCGCGCGGCGACGGCAGCGUGGCGGGCGCGGCGGCCGCGGCGCGCGCCAGGGCCGAGUUGAAUGGGGCGAUGCGCCACAGGCGGCGUGCGGGUAUCAAGGAGGCGAAUUUUUUGAAGACGAUGGGUUAAACGGCGAGACGGGGGAAAUGUGUACAGUACGAUGUGUGUGUGUGUGGAUGGAUGGGGUGGGGAUUGGAGCGCCGUAUAUUAGAGACGGGAUGGUUGGAGCAUCAGUGAGUGUAUGAUUGGAGUAUCAGUGAGUGUAUGAUUGUGCAUAGUCGACUAAAGGAACCGUCAAAGCCACCAUCAAAGCCCC